CUGCAAGGCCUACCAGUCCUCUCCAGCAUCACUGAACUGCAUCAUACCGAACCUAUUCCUUCGCUGGGGCGCUAUUCGACAAUGGACACAGAGUUAUCAUGCAUGGACACGGCCGAAAUCGCGCAAUCUAUUCAAAGCACCAAACUUGAGCUUACUUACGAGCGCGCUUUGAGAGACGCGGAACGCAUCUACGAAGAAGAACGAGUUCGCGGAUUGCGCAUCCAGCUCUUGCUAUUGGAACACGAGAAUGAUGAGCUGCAAGAACAAGCGGAGAGCGGAGAGGAUGAGCAGCAUCAUUUACAGGAGGUUAAUGAGGAGCUAAAUGGACGUCUGGCCGACGCGGAGGCGGACUUUCAACAAGCCCAAAUGGAUCUCAAGGCACGCUUGCGCGACCUGGAAUACUUGAAAACAGAAGUUAAUGUGUUGAAUGCUGCGAGUAACGAUGCAAGCAAGCUCCUUGCCGAAAAGCUGGCCUUGUCCAGAGAGUUAAACACCCUCAAACCGGAACUUGAGCACCUGAGAUCCCAAAACGCGGCGUACCAGAAACUCCUCUCCGAAAAGCUGGCUCUGCAGCGGGAGGUCAGUUCACUCCAAGUUGAGCUUGAGACCGAGAAACGAGCAGUCCAGAGGCUCAAAGCACAGGAAAAGUCUACCAGCCGCGAAGAUUCGGAGUUAAUGGAAGAGGUUCAGGGGUUGAGAAAAGAGCUUGCGAAAACACAGCGGGAUGCACAAAAAACGGAACGGGAGAGCAGGAAGAGAACGAGCGACUGGGAAAACGAGAAAGAGGUCUUAGAAGGCAAGCUGAAUGCUUUCCGCAACAAACUCCGAUCUACAAAGGACCAACUUAAGGACGCGCAAGACGAAAUCGAGAAACUGCAGGCAGCCCAGAUGGCACACUCUUCUGAGAUGACCAAGGCAAGACUUAAUGGGGCAGGAAGCACGGCCAAUCCUAGGAAGAGAAACGUUGCUAGAUUUGAUCCAGACAUGACCAUUGGCACACCAGGAAAUGGCGGUCAUGCCGCAAAGAAGCCUCGGAUUUCAGUUAAUGUCGGGGACAAAUCGAACUUUUCCAUCACACCCUUCUUGAACCGCACUCUCAGCAUCUUGCCAGAAACGCCUGCCGAGAACGACGUCGAAGGGCGAAAGGAGGACAACGCGAAUGCCGAUCAGCUCGUGGAAGGGGCAGACGCGGACCAGGACGAGGACGAGGAUGAGGCGCCCACGGUUCAACCUCCAAAGAGAAAGCAGACUAUUGGGAAAAAGCUCACCGCACCAGCAGCCAGGCGAAAAGGCGCUCAGCCUCUGAAAGAAACAACCAAUUCAAAAGCAAAUAACAUAGCCAAAAAUUCACAGCCCGACAAACUCAUUGAAAAAGUCUCGGACAUGGAAAGUGAUCGAGAAGAUACGCAUAAUAGUGAAGGCCAGAGGACGAACAAGGAGAAUACAGAGCAAACGGAGAGUACCGACACCUCAACUCAGGAGGCGAAAGAGCCUCUACGAAAGCAAAAGACAUCGGCCAAACGUGCCAACAUAUUUGACGAAGAGGACACCGCGCCCGCACCUAAGAUCAGGAGUCUAGGAGGUGGGCUUGCCGGCAAAGGAGGCGUCAUGGGCCGCAUCAAUCUCAAGGCAAAAAGUGUGGGCAAAGGGAAACCACUGGCUGCGUUCUCGCCUCUUAAGAGGGAUCGAAGGACUGCUGCUGUUAUUGAGUGAUGUCUGGUUGGGGAGGCGCACGAUCUGGGGGCCACUACGGCUUGAGACCGCAUGGAUGAUUUCCAUGCAUCUGGGAUGAAUUAUUUGUCAAGUCUUCUCGUUGGCUGUGGCACAUGGAUACUUGGUAACAAGAUGGUGGCAGCUGUUAGUUGUACGAUAGCGGCAACGGAUGCCUGCCUAUUUGAGGAAGUUGAGCGAUGCCGCUUUGUAGAUCGAUGACAUCUGAAUCGCGGAGCAAAAAAGUGCUUGAU